AAGGUAUCAGGAGCAAGGAUCAAACAAGUUCAUCGACUACUGCAAUCUUUCAACCACGAAUCCAACACACCUAGAGAUUGAAGCAAAAAUGGCCAUCGAUGCGACAACCAACACUUUCCGAAUCAUCAUCGUAGGUGGUGGUAUUGCAGGCCUAGCUACGGCUAUAGCAUUGCGAGGACCACAACGUGAGAUAAUCGUUCUCGAGAAGUCUCGCAUGAAUAAAGAAGUCGGCGCCCUUCUCUCUCUCCAACCGAACGCUCAAAAGAUAGUCGAGCAGUGGAACCUCAAGGAUAUUCUUCAAAGGGCAAAGCCCACAGCAGAAAGACAGUUUCGCAUCCUGGAUACCAGUGGAAAGAUUCACAUGAACAUUGACAUGGAUGGAGAGAAAUACGGGGCAGACCGUAUGGUGUAUCAUCGUCAAGACCUUCACAGCGCUUUGAGAGAAGCGGCACUCUCUACCGAGCUACCGGGAUAUCCUGCCAGCAUCGUGACGGCAGCCAAAGUAGUCGGCUGUGAUUGCGAAACUAGAGCGAUCACGCUGGCAGACGGAACCAUCUAUCAAGGCGACCUCAUCAUCGGUGCUGACGGCAUCCAUAGUGUAAUUCGUGAAGCCGUUCUCAAAGCAGGGAAUCAUGAGUUGGUCCAUCCAGCUCCCACAGGCGUCUCGGCAUAUCGUCUUUUGGUGGAAACAACAAACUUGGCGGGUCUGGAUGUAGACAAAGAGGUUUUUGAUCACACACGACAAGCCACCACUCUGAUAAUGGGACACGAUCGACGCGUCAUCAUGGGACCCGCUCGCAACGGCGACUUGCUGGGUCUUGUAGGCAUGGUCCCAGACGAACACAUGCACGAAUCCUCGACCCCGAAUUCCUGGACCACCCCCGGCCAUCUCUCAAAAUUGCUACAAACAUAUCACGAUUUCCCACAAUGGAUCAGAGAUAUCUUCAAGCAGGCUCCCGAUAUUGCGCUUUGGCAGUUGCGAGAUAUCGAUGCUUUGCCCACCUGGAUUGCCGGUAGAUGCAUCAUCAUCGGGGAUGCCGCACAUGCCAUGUUACCCACCCAAGGCCAAGGCGCAUCCCAAUCCAUCGAAGACGCCGAAGCCCUGCAAGCCUUCUUCGCCGACACGACCGCAAAGCCAAAUCCCCAGCAAAUCACUCGACGCAUCCGAAAGGUGUUUGAAGCGAGAUACAAACGCGCAUCUCUGAUCCAGGCAUACAGUCGUCAACAAGCCAAACCCGCCACGGCAAAGGGCAGUGUCAAAGUCACGCUCAACCCUGCAGAGUUCUUGGAUUAUAAUUGUAAAUAUGAGGGUGCUGUAAAGUGGUUGGAACAGCAAGAGGCAUCGUGAAGAAAGCUGAUGGCAAAAGAAAACGUAUGGAUACCUUAUCAACCGGAUACUUGGUUUGAGAUUCAGCAUGGGGUGCGGCAGAGACAUUAUUACGCAAGAAGCAAGACCCAGAUCUUUAUCUUUGCGUCCACGAGCUGGCAACAUGGAAAGGAAAUGA